UGAAUACCCUUCCCCAAUCUGUUCCCGUGAACAAAAUUCGAAACAGAAACUGAACGUGAGAAAGAGGAAUGGAGCGGGCUUCUCUAGCCUUCACUACAGCCUCAUCAGCACCUUCAACUUUCCUUUACCACAGGGCCACCAUUUUCAAACAAUCCGACACCAAUUCCGGCUUAUUAUUGCCCAGAAGUACACCCAUUUCAAUCAAUAUCCAUAGAACACGAAAAGGCUACUUUUCGGUGAAAGCAGUAAAUCAGAGAUCGUCUUCGGGAAAUCAGACUUUAUCUAGUAACUGGGAUGUCUCAAGUUAUGCAGCUCCUUCAUGGCUACCCAGAUUCGAAGAGCUUGACACCACUAAUAUGCUCCUUAGACAGAGAAUUAUCUUCUUGGGUGCUCAGAUAGAUGAUGUGACAGCGGAUUUCAUCAUAACCCAGCUGCUAUUGCUUGAUUCCGAAGACCAGAAAAAAGAUAUCAGAUUGUUUAUUAAUUCACCUGGUGGUUCUGUUACUGCUGGAAUGGGCAUUUAUGACGCCAUGAAAUUGUGCAAGGCCGAUGUUUCAACCAUCUGCUUGGGCCUUGCUGCAUCCAUGGGUGCAUUCCUCCUUGCAGCUGGUACUAAAGGGAAAAGGUUUUGCAUGCCAAAUUCAAGGGUCAUGAUCCAUCAACCUCUUGGAACUGCUGGGGGCAAAGCAACAGAGAUGAGCAUACGCAUCAGAGAGAUGGCAUACCACAAAGUUAAGCUCAACAAAAUACUAUCUCGAAUCACAGGAAAGCCUGAAGAGAAGAUUGAAGUAGAUACUGAUCGUGAUAAUUUCAUGAAUGCUUGGGAAGCAAAAGAGUAUGGAUUAGUUGAUGCUGUUAUCGAUGAUGGCAAACCUGGACUAGUGGCACCCAUUGCAGACGCAUCACCUCCACCUAAAACUCGUGUGUGGGAUCUUUGGAAAAUAGAAGGCAGCAAGAAAGCCAGGAAGAAUUUGCCUUCGGAGGAAAAGAUUCCGGAAAAUGGAUAUGGCAGUGGGAAAAGAAAUGAUGAUGACAUAGGCAGGGAAAAGGAAGAGGAAGCACCAGCGCCUAUAUGAGGCCCGUGGUGGAUAUUUGUUGUACACGCUGUAACAUUGAAUAGCUGAGCAAUUCUUUUCUUUGUGUAGUUAAGCAAUAUCUGAAUAUAAAGAAACUAUCAUUUUCAAAACAGUGACUAGUUUUUGCUUUUUUACUUCUUUUUGAGUUUUAUUAAUGAAAACUGAUUCUUCUA